UGAAUAUAACUAGUUUAAGCCAUGUUUUCUAAGUUUCCGAUAUUGCUUCUCUUCCUCAUAAUAACCAUAACAGUAGUACCAGCAUCAUCCCAAGAUGAUCAUGGUCAUCUGAAUUUCACCUUCAAUGGAUUUAAGUCAGGCGACCUGGACCUCGAUGGUAUAGCUCAAAUAACUUCAAAUGGCCUGUUGAGACUCACAAACGACACGAAACAGAGAGCGGGUCAUGCUUUCUUUCCCAAUCCAAUCACCUUCAAGGCCACCCCAAACGGCACCGUUUCUUCCUUCUCCACCACAUUUCUCUUCGGCAUAAGAUCGAAGUACGCAACUCUGAGCGCCCACGGCAUCGUUUUCGUGAUCACUCCGACGAGAGGUCUUCCCCAUGCUCUUCCGAGCCAGUACCUUGGCGUUUUUAACGUAUCCAACGUGGGCGACACUGCUAACAGAGUCGUCGGCGUCGAGCUCGAUACGAUUCAAAGCAAAGAGUUCAAUGACAUCAACGACAAUCACGUGGGGAUUGACAUUAAUAAUUUAGACUCGGUUAUAUCUUCGCCGGCGAUGUAUUUUGACGGAAAGAAAGGUGGGUUUACGAACUUAUCUCUUAUAAGUGGUAAACCAAUGAAAGUAUGGAUCGAAUAUGACGGAGUUAAAAAGCAGAUGAACGUGACGUUAGCUCCGGCCAAAGCUGUUAAACCUCAGAAACCGCUAUUGUCUUUGACCAUAGAUCUUUCACCGAUAAUAAGGGACACCAUGUAUGUUGGUUUUUCUUCUUCAACAGGCUCUGUUAUUAGUAAUCACUAUGUUCGGGGUUGGAGCUUCAAGAUUAAUGGCGAAGCUCAAGAGCUUGACUCCUCCAAACUCCCAAGGCUGCCUCGGGUCAGACACGGAUCCAAAUUUUUGACAAUUUGGUUACCGGUGAUUUGUUCGAGCUUGGUGGCUCCGGUGAUCUUGACUUUGGCUCAUUUCAUCAGAAGAAAGAGAAAAUUUGCAGAUCUAAUUGAAGAUUGGGAGCUAGAAUAUGGAGUUUAUAGGUAUAAAUACAAAGAUUUGUACAUAGCCACGAAAGGUUUCAAGGACAAAGAUGCAUUGAGUACCGGAGGAUUAGGUAGAGUCUACAAAGGAGUUUUACCCUCCAAAACAGAGAUCGCUGUCAAAAGAGUCUCUCAUGAAUCAAGGCAGGGUAUGAGAGAACGCGUGGCUGAAAUCGCCAGUCUCAGCUGGCUCCGUCACCGGAAUGUGGUGCCCCUUUUGGGCUACUGUCGCCGGAAACGUGAGCUCCUUUUAGUAUACGAUUACAUGCCCAAUGGCAGCCUGGACAAAUACCUAUUCGACAAACCAAAAACGACACUAAAUUGGAACCGAAGAUUCCAGAUCAUAAAGGGAGUUGCCUCUGGUCUAUGCUACCUGCACCAUCAAUGGGAACGAGUCAUCAUCCACAGUGACGUGAAAGCCAGUAACGUGCUACUUGACGACAAGUUAAACAGCCGGUUAGGAAAAGUUGGUUUAGCUAGAUUAUACGACCAUGGAAGAGAUCCUCAGAGAACCCGCAUCGUUGGAACACUUGGGUAUCUCGCCCCAGAGCAUACCCGGACAGGAAAGGCCACAACGAGCGUCGACGUCUUCGCAUUCGGAGCUUUCCUGCUCGAAGUGGCAUGUGGAAGACGACCCAUUGAAGGGAGAGGAACGGCGACGGAGGAGGAGCUUGUUUUGGUGGACUGGGUUUUCUCGUGUUGGUGCAGAGGAAGGAUUAUCGAGGCCAUGGAUUCGAAUCUGAUAGAAUCGGAUUUUACCGGAGCUGGAGUCGUAUCAGAGGAGGAAGUAGAGUUGGUAUUGAAACUGGGGUUGUUAUGUUCACAUUCGGAACCUGGGGUGAGACCGAGCAUGAAGCAAGUCGUGUCGUUUUUGGAGAGGGAAGUGCCGUUGCCGGACUUAUCGACGAUGGGGAUGACGACGGUGGGGUUAACGUUCACUCGUAAAGAAGGGUUCGAUGGUAUUGAAAUGUCAUCUUCUGUGGUCGAGUCACUCCUUCCUCGUGGCCGCUAAAUCUGAGUUUUGAGUUCUACUGCGUGAACCCAUUUGGCUUCCUUUUAGUUACUAGAUUUUGUUUUAAUGUUUCAUUGUGCCACUCUCCUUGAGAGCACGUUAGUUUUAAACUUGCUGUUAGUUUUAAAUGAAUCUUUUUUCUUUCUUUAUAUAAUACGUUUAAUAUUUCCUUGUUUAACAUGUUCCUUAUUAUAAUUAUUUUUAAUUUUUUGCUUAAUGUU